AUGGAGGGAAAUCAACAUGAAGAAUAUACUCGCCAGUGGAAAAAGGCACAAGAAUUAGCGAACCAACAUUUGUUCAAAGCUCAAACGAAGCAGAAAAAGUAUUAUGAUGAAGGGACAAAAAGUGUCAAGUACAAUCCCGGCGAUCUGGCUUCAACACAACAAAAAGAAAAUACAGCACACGAACUUGUAAUAGAUGACUAUCGACCGCUAAAUGACGCUAAUACAAGUAACGGUCUACCAAAAUCCACUGAGGAGCUAAGUGACUUGAUAAAAUACGAGCUUGGAAAAAUGCACGAGCAAUACAAAAUCAGUAUUGAAACUGAACACGACAAUAAAUUGGCAAAAGAAAUUCGGGAUGUUUACUGCCAGUUAUCAAAGAUAAAACGAACGCAAGCCAUAAUCUUAGCCCAAACAAAUGGAUUGCUUGCAGCCGCCGCACUCGGACUUCCAAUGUGUACAAGGAUAUAUGGUUUUGGUCAAGCCAUGACAUUGCAACAAUGCGACCCAAAAAGGAUAUCACUAUCAGCAAAAGAGAUCAAGUGUGGGUUCCAGCUUUUUGUUUACGGAAAAAACAACUGUACAAUCGGACUCGACGGAUGGUCUAUUCAUCCGUAUUCGGAGUGUUUUUGGAAAUCCCAAUUGAUAAACAUCAACGGAUAUCCUCAUACGUGGCAACAUAACGCCACAGCAGGAGACUGGAUUAAACAAGAGGCGACCAUACAUACUUCAAAUCUGGAUUUAAUUGCAGAAUUCGAAGAACUGCACUUAAACAGUUUCGACUAUGGAUUAAGGAACCAUCCAGCUCAUGGAACCAUGGAAAUGGAACAGCUAAACAUCUUAAAUGACCUGGUGGGACGAAUUAAUGAAGGAGAAGGCAAAGAGUUACCUGACAUCCUAGUAACAGAAGAGCAGGACAAUCAAAUCGGGAACAUGUUUUCCUGGUUUGACACAUUAAAAAUUAUGGCUCUCUCAGCGAUAGGAUUCAUCCUAUUUCUCAUCUGUCUAAGAAUUUUUAUUGCCUGUAAUCCUAUUCCACGGAUUAAGGAAAGCUUCAGACGACGCAAGCAAUCACGUAACGUGAGCGAAAGUGAUGGUCAAGAAAUGGAUUCAAUGAUACCAGAACCCAUCUACAGCGCUGGAGGAGCAAAUGAAAAACCGUUCAUUAGGGAAUUUGCACCUUUAAUGACGUUAGCAACAGAAACACCAAAAGAAACCCUUACGUCGAUAAACACACCAAGUGCACCAAAGAAAGGAAAAUUGUACCCUAUCGAAGAAUUAAAAUGGGAAAACGAGCAAAACAAGGAAUGUACAGGUAGCCACACGACCUGCAGCUAUGUCGUUGGAUACGGAAUGGUGUGGGAGGAUCUAUGCAGAUGUACUCCAGAAGACCAUUUAAAACGCACAAUUAACAAAUAA